GCAGUUUUGUGAAGUUCUAGCAUGUAGGGAGAAAGGCUAACAGCACGGGCACAAGGUCUUGCGCCACGAUGCUCUUAGUUUUUUUUUUUUUUCGUGUCAAAUGCUUGCCACUUUAUUGGCGCCUUCCUUUGAAGCAAGACCGCGCUCCAGAAUGAUGCCUUCUUUUAUUUUAGCAUUCUUUCAUCGUCGGAGCGAAAAGAAAGAAAGAACAAGAUAACGCGGCCGUGCGAGGGAGAGGAAAUGCGUGUUGCGAACGCCGCGUUCUCCCUGUCCUUCCUUUUUCUUUCCUCCUGCGCUCUUCCAGCCUCGGAGGGAUAACUGGAGAGGCGGGAAUUCCGGGGAGAGACGGCCUUCGGCAAGGCCGCUGGGAGUCGAGAGGGGGUGAAGGGAGGAGGAGGGAGGCGAGGGACAGAGCAACCCGGUGCUGACGAGCAAAGCGUCGGCGGCGCCCGCGCACACGUGGUUCGCACCGCGAGGGCGCUCGUGGCGGCGCGAAGCACCCGCGGCUGCUCCCGACUCGGGAGUAGGCUCACCGAUGCUGCCGCCGCCGCCGCCGCCGUCAUGCGCCGACCCGUCGCGCUGUCUCUGUCAGUGAUGCUUCCCGCCGCUCUCGUCCCAGUUAGGAAGCAGCGCCUGACGUGUCGACCUCGCUAGUGCUCUGGUCCCCUGGGCCUUAAAGGGCCGGUCCGCACGCUUCCGCAAGCCCAGAGAGGCUCGCCUUAGUUUACGGCACCUAGCUGUCACUCGAGCGGUAGUGCUUUAACAGCUCAAUAUAAUGAUUUUGCACGUCGUGUCGACUGCGGUUGCGUCUAGAGAGUCUUACGCAGGAAUUGAUGCCGGAAGCUGUGUGCGAUAAGCCGGGGUCAAAUUUUGACUUGCAGUAAUUGUGGAGCGCGAAGAGCAGUUGUAGGACGUCCGUGGUGUUCAUGCGCUAGGUAGCGAGAUAAUAGCCUCGGAACGAUAACAGUGUGGCAAUAUUUGUUUUAGUCGUCCUUGGCUUUCAUUCAUUAGUUAGGCAGUGCGUGGCUGACUCUGAGCGAGAAAAAAAAUCUCCCGUUAGCGUUUGCAUAAGGUUAUUUACGGCGCAUUGCUUGAAUACGCAUGUCAGUACUUGAGCUCGGUUACGCUAGCGGACGUUGCUGCUGGGUAUGUACUUGAUUUUGGCACGAGGCGGGUGCGCUUCCGGAUGACUCCGCGUCCUUGGCUUGGUGUUGAAUCUUCUCAGCUGCCUCAAAACACUGUCUCAGCUGCCUCAGAACACUGUCUGCCUCAGAACACUGGCGGCGCUGCAUCGUCCAUUGUCUAAAAAGUACACCUCCGUGUGAAAUCGUACGGGUCUCCCGUGAAGACGUCGUUGGAGUUAGCGGUCGCCGAACAUGAUCUACGUUCCUCCACGAUCUUUUGCCGUCAAUAUACUCCCUGCAGGAUAAAACUCCAUCACUUGUGUGCUGCGUGUGUGAGUGUUCACGGGCUCAAGCGACAGGAUUACUAGUCCCUGCAUUCGUCCCGAACAGCUGAAUCAUGCGCUCCGUGUUCCAGUUCUGGACUGAAUUCUUCUUGGCUCAACUCUGCAUGUACCUCUCCUUUGACCGAGGCUCCACGUCGAGUUCCCUCCAGAGCGGCGGCCAUGGUCCCACAAUCGUGCUCGAACCCCCUAUACUGGUGGAGUUUUCGAGCGACGCGGGUGCGUUGCUUCCCUGUUCUGCACAUGGCCAACCACAGCCCAACAUCCGGUGGGAGAAGGAGGACGGCAGCUCUGCAAGCACGGUUCCCGGCCUCCGAGAAACUCGAUCAGACGGCUCCCUCGUUUUUCCGGCGUUCAGCGGAUCGCAUUUCCGGCCGGAGGUGCACACGGCAACCUACCGCUGCGUCGCUUCCAGUGCGCUCGGACUGGUCAAAAGUCGACUCGCACACGUCCGUGGGGUGGUGCUGGAGAAGUUUGUGGCCAGCGUGUACGACGUAUACGUGGUUCGCGGCAACUCAGCACUGCUUCGCUGUCACGUGCCCCCCGCAGUCAGAGACUACAUUUCGGUGACAUCGUGGGUGCUCGACGAUGGCGUCACAAUUGGGACGCUCGGAAACGAUGGCCUGGACAGCCGCUAUCUCAUGCUACCCACUGGCGAGCUCAUGGUGCGAAAUACCGAGAGUACAGACACGCAGCGUUCCUAUCGCUGCCAGGUUCACAACAGACUCACUGGAGAGGGCCACUUGAGCAGCAGCGCAGGAAAAAUUAUCGUAACAGAGCCACACAGCCUGCUGCCACCACGAAUGGCCGAGUACCGUAGCACGGUUCAAGUGGAGAAAGGAGAACGAGCCGUGCUGCCGUGCCUUGCUCAGGGGCAUCCGCCGCCAAGGAACCGCUGGUUCCGCGUCAGCGGUGCAGAGGACCAGCAAGAGGCGCUUGGACCAGGUUCUUCGGAUGGCGUAGAAAGUGCCGUGCCAGUCGCGCUGUCUGAAACGGUGGCAGUCCUGCCGGGAGGACCCCUGCUCUUGCACGCAGCUGGCACGCAGGACAGUGGAAGGUACCUCUGCGUGGCCAACAAUUCAGCCGGCGAGGACAGGGCACACACAGACCUCCUUGUCUCUGUGCCCCUGUCCGCAAGAGUCGAUCCGUCCGUACAAGUAGUGGACGUCGGCCGGAGUGCAAACUUAAGCUGCCGCGUAACCGGGCAUCCCGUGCAUGGAGUCCUGUGGACCCACAACGGCCGCACGAUUACGCCCUCUUACCCCUCGCGGUCGGCGUCUUCCUCCUCCGCUAUGCGCGGCAGCGGAGAAGCCACCGUGAGCUCUGAUACCGCUUUAUUGAGGAUCGCGGUGCUAUCUCGGGACAUGCUUCACAUCACCGGUGUGAACCGGCAGGACCGCGGCAUGUACCAGUGUCUCGUCUACAACGACAGAGACUCGGCGCAAGGCUCAGCGCAACUUGUCAUCGGAGAGGACGCCCCGGUAAUGGAGCACGUGUUCGCCGAACGCCAGGCGCGACCUGGCGGCACCGUAUCCCUCAGGUGCUCGGCAUCGGGAAAUCCACUGCCGCAAGUUACGUGGUCUCUGGAUGGUGCCCCUGUGCCCGAACACUACCACGUCCGGAUAGGGGACUACGUCAGUGGUGAAAGACUGGUGCACAGCUACGUGAACCUGACCGGCGUGCGAGUGGAAGAUGGCGGCCUCUACGCUUGCGCGGCCCGCAAUGGGGUUGGCCGGGUAUCUCACUCGGCCAGGCUGAACGUGCUCGGAAGGCCCAUGGUGCGACCCAUGGCCAACGUGACGGCCUUAGCAGGACGCACCAUGCGGCUUCACUGCGCCGUCGCCGGAUAUCCCAUACAGAGCAUCGUCUGGCAGAAAGAUGGCCGAUCGCUGCCGCAAAACCACCGCCAGCACAGCUUUCCCAACGGAAGCCUGAUCGUGGCCGAGGUGCAGCGUAGUGUCGACAGCGGCUGGUACGCACGUCGCCCGGGACGCCCAAGGAAACACGGCCAGAGGACAGCUCGCCGUGCACCCCCGCCCGUUGUGAGCCCGUUCAGCUUUCCGGACGACCUGACCGAGGGCAAACGGGCUGGUGCUGCAUGCAUCGUUUCUGACGGGGACCUGCCCAUUACCAUCGAGUGGUUCAAGGACGGGCAGCCGCUCGACUCCGUGCUGGAGGCUUCGGUCGCUAAGGCCAACGACUACACGUCGUUCCUUUCCUUCACCGGCGUCCGCCAGCUGCACACGGGCAACUACACCUGCGUCGCUUCGAACCCGGCAGCCUCGGCCAACUACACAGCACCUAUGGUGGUACAAGUGACUCCCAGGUGGCGUCAUGAGCCUGUGGAUAAGGCAACCAUUAUGGGCCAGGCGGUGACCUUCGACUGCCAGGCUGAUGGAUUUCCAGUGCCAGUCAUUCGAUGGAAAAAAGCGAACCGCUCGGAAGGCGGCCGCGACUUCUCCGUGAUCAUCAGCAACGCCAACGUGCAGAUUUUGGAGAACGGCUCGUUGAGCAUCCGCGAGGCCGACACCACCGAUGCUGCACAUUACAUGUGCCAGGCAUUGAAUGGUGUCGGGCCCGGCAUCUCCACCGUGGUUAAGCUCGACGUGCAUGUGGCUGCACACUUCGAGCGCAAGUUCCAGGCGCUUACCGUUCGUCGCGGUGAGAGCGUAGCCCUCACCUGCCGUGCCGUCGGCGAGCCGCCCAUCACGGUCACCUGGACGAGGGACAGGCACGCCUUCAGCCCGACAGCGGAGCCAAGGUACGUGGUGGAGGAAAAACCGGGAACCGACGCCCUCCAGUACGUUGUCCGCAUCCCAAGCGUGGACCGCAGGGACUCUUCGCUGUUCAGCUGUUACGCGGAGAACGCCUACGGAAGGGACGACACGAACUUCCAGGUCGUCGUCCAGGAGCCCCCGGACAAACCACGUGGGCUGGAAGCGACGCAGACGGAGAGUCGUGCUGUAACACUGUCCUGGUCUCCUCCCUACUCCGGAAACAGCCCCGUGCUCAAGUACCUGCUGGAGCACAAGCGGAGAGACGGUUCCUGGGAACAUGACUCACAAAUAACGGCCAUUGAGUCUACCGAAUUCUCACACGUGGCAAGUGGGCUACGCCCGAAGACGAGCUACGAGUUCCGGCUCAGGGCAGAGAACGCCAUCGGAGCCAGCGACCCUAGUGACACACUUGUCCUCACUACAGAAGAAGAAGCUCCAACUGGUGCGCCACGAGAUAUCAAAGUCACUCCGACUGGUUCCCGAAGUCUGCACGUCUCUUGGAAGCCCCCGUUGGACGAGGAGUCCAACGGUUUGGUUCAGGGCUACUACGUCGGCUACCGCGUUCGCGACGCGAAGGAGUCGUUCUCCUACAAGACGCUGGAGAGCUCUGCCGCGUCGCCGGUGCAGCAGUGCGAGCUGACCGACCUGAGGCGCAGCAGCCGGUACAGCGUCGUCGUGCAGGCAUUCAACGCCAAAGGUGCGGGACCCGCUUCGGAGGAGGUCUUCUCCCAGACGUUGGACAUCGAUGCCCCUGCUGCGCCACGGCUAAAGAUGGUUUCGUCUACAUCCUCUUCAGUGCACCUGAGCUGGGAUGUUGAGAGAGAGCAGCCGAUAAACGGGUUUGUGCUGUUUCACAAGCCCGAGCCGUCCCCAACACCUGACGCCCAGUCUACAGAAGAUACCGGGGACUGGUCUGAGGUGCAGACCGGAGCGGAGCGGUCGGCGUACGCGUUUCGCGGCCUUCGCUGCGGCCGCAAGUACGCGUUCUACGCCGUGGCCUUCAACGCCGCAGGAAGGGGUCCGCGGAGCAACACCGUUCUGGCCAAGACGGAUGGAUCAGCACCCGUGGCGCCUGACGAGCGCGACGUUCUGCUGUGCAACGUGACCUCGGUGACACUUCAACUCGGUUCGUGGAAGAGCGGCGGUUGUCCCAUCCUCUCGUUCGCCGUGUUAUGCAAGCCGCAGUCUCAGAAGGAGUGGUCACCGGCUACCGCCACCCACCUUGUACCGGACCACAAGCAACCGCCUGUAUUGGUCAUUCCGGACCUCAACUCGGCUACCUGGUACGACCUGCUCAUCACGGCGGAGAACGAUGCCGGAGCCACGGAAGCAGAAUAUGUCUUCGCGACAUUAACCCUGUCUGGAGGCACCCUACCGCCUCCUCAGUGGACGAAGGCUGUCGACUCACCAAACCGCCACAUCCGCAUCAUCAUUCCUGUCGUGUGCACCAUUUUGGCGAUGUUGCUCAUCUCCGCCGCCGUCUGCUACGUGUUCUCACGCCGACGCCUGUCGGCAAUCCAGCGGCCAUACCCCGGCGAAAGUGACCAAGCUCCAGAGGUCACCAAGUCCGUCGACACUGUGCCGAUGAGCGUGUGGGAGAACCCAAAGCACCAGCAGCAGUUUCAAGUGACGCACCAGCAGCAGCGCCCUCUUGAGCGAGAGCAGCUCUACUGUCCAUCACCGUACGCCACCGGUGGAGGGCGCCUUGGAUCGCUGUACACGACAGAAGCACUACGGUCAGGCUGGGCCUCUGCUCGUAGCCUACACAGCGCCAUGGAGGAGCCAGCAGAUGAAAUAUCAAGGCCACAGCACACCUAUGACGUGCCUUUCCCGCGGAGACCACCCGACUCCGAGCAUCAAGAACAGCUAGGUACGGAUGAAGACCUGACAAGUUCUACAGAGCGCCUUGGUGACCACAUCUACUCCAAACCUGCUGCAGUGUACAUGCCUCCCGAUAAGUGCAAGGGUUCCCGCAAGUCCCUGCAGACACUGAGCAUCAUCGAGGGCUACCCUAAAAGCAAUGUCUCGUACGUCUACUCAAGACCAAAGAAGAAGCACUGGAGCAGCAACGAUGAGGAGAUGUUCUACGCGGAUCACAAGAUGCGGAAUCUAGCUAGGUACGCAGACGAACUGAAGCAAGCGGAAAUGGACUCACGCGAAAGUGGCCUCGAGUUCGCUGCCGAUGCGUACGAACUGUCCGAGGCCGAGUGUGACAUGCCAACGAGGCAUUGCUCGGUGCAAACGUAGUCUGCUACGCAGGCUUACGCCAGUCUGCUACGAAUGCUUUGUGCCAGACCAACACAGCCAAGUAGCGAUCAUUGCCCGUUUCAUCCGCAACAUUUAUGUGCCGCUGUGACCAGCGCUGCCGUGCUGAACGUGGUGCGACGCACGAAGGACGGCGAGAAGUGUUCGUGAAGACAAUUUUUGUGAUGCAGAACUCCGGAUUACCUGAACAUUCUUUAGUUCUUAUCGCGACUUUGGCAGCUCGCAGGAAAGCGCUGUCUUGUGAAGUAAUUUUGGUCGUUUUGCAAUAGUUCUCAGGAAACAGGAGUGCGCUUUUUUUUAAUUAUCGUUUUUCUUUUAGGUUCCAGUAGCGGGCUGAGGUGUGAUGGCCUUAUUCCUGCUAUGAGACUUAAUUUGCGGAGUGAGUGCUUCUUUCCUGUCCCAGAAAAGCUCCCCAAAGUUCUUUCGUAGGCCUGAAGUCAAGAACUGGUCAAGAACAAUCUGGCGAUAUUAUCACGCCUAGUGGAUGUUCAUACUCACAAGAAUGGCCUAUAUCGCCGGUGAUGAGACAGGUUGGCGUUGACAAUGUAAGCAUUUAUCCCAAUAUUUUCUCCCAUGUUCAUUGUUAGAAGGUGCACAAUUUGCUCACGAUGAUAUAGGCAUGUCAAUGAAUAUUCUUAUCAACCACGGAACCUCACAUAAUUGACGAUUGUUCUCUUUCAGAGGUGGGCGAAUGCCAACAUUUUUUGAAUACGAAUCGAAUACGAUUAUUAUUAUUGUAUAUCAAAUUGAAUAGCGAAUACUCAAACACAGACACGUAUAUUCACAACACGGUUUCUUAUUUUUGUAUAAAUUGGUACGAAGCUUGCACUGACUAUGUAGUGUAAGAAAGACAGAGAAAUACCAAGAAGAAAGGAUCAGUUUUAGACAUAUCGUCCCAAAUUAUCGGUUUAACAACGCACCAAGAGCCGCUGAAUAAUUUAGGGCCUAGUUGCAAAUAAAUUUUGCAAGAAAGAAUGGUUGUUAUAUGACUACCUUUUCAAAAAUGCUAAAUAAAUGGAUCCCCCCAAAAGGUCAGAAUCUACGGGUUAAGAAAGCUGCUGUAGAAAUUUUAUUUUGUAAACAAUCGUGAAAGGGCCCACUGCAAGAAAGACAUCACAGGUUGUAGUGUAAAAGAUAAAAUAGCUGCAUUACUAGACUUUCGAAAACACUAAAUGACAGACUACAUGCAGAAAUCACUUCUUUCUAUCUAGGCUUCCGCCACAAACGCGAAAACAAAGCAUCCAUUGCCCAUUUUAUUUCCGCAAUGCUUCGAAAACUUUGGUCGUUGUCCCACUUCUGAUAAUCUGCGAUACCUUUUUUCAGUCAACGCAGAACAGCAACCAGAUUAACUAUCGGCUGCUGCGAAGUAUUUGGUUACACUGAAAUAUUUAAAAGAAUGCACAGAUUCUUUUUCAAAUACGAAUUCGAAUAGUUAGUGUGUAGUAUUUUAUUCGUAUUCGUAAUCUUCGAAUAUUCGCCCACCCUUACACAUAUUUAAUAUCGUAUCUGGCUAAUAUUUCGUGACUGACUACAAUAUACCACGUAAAUAUGAACUCAUUAAUGUUUUUAUUUUACUCAAGCAAUAAGCUAACGACCCGCAACAGGCUGUCGUGAGCUAAAAGAAGAAAAAAUAAAAGGAAAAUGAAAUAAGAUCAACCAUUUUAUGUUAGAUUAGCACACCUGUUACUUUAUAACUAAAAAAAUUAAAUUGUGAGGUUUUACGUGCCAAAACCACUUUCUGAUUAUGAGGCACGCCGUAGUGGGGGACUCCGGAUAUUUCGACCAUCAGGGGUUCUUUAACGGGCACCUAAAUCUAAGUACACGGGUGUUUUCGCAUUUCGCCCCCAUCGAAAUGCGGCCGCCGUGGCCGGGAUUCGAUCCCGCGACCUCGUGCUCAGCAGCCUAACACCAUAGCCACUGAGCAACCACGGCGGGUCACUUUAUAACUAGUAGGAUUUACAUAGAAACCUAACACUUCAUCCAAAGGCAUAAUUUUCUUACUCAGACGUGAUUCACUUACCCCCCCCCCCCCCCCCCCCCCUUUACAAUAGCAAAAUAAUGCGCAAACACUUGGACCGGUGCCCUUUGAGUAAUAUGAUUAUAUUAUUUACACUGCCUGAAAGAAAAAUAAUUACCAAACUGACCAACAGAAACGUUACCUUCAUGAUGAGUAAAAUAACCUAGCUCUGAAGAAGAGGGCUUGAGAAGUUAAUAUAUCGUCCUUGUAGUUAACGGUUUCGUUAACAAAAGAAUGUUCGGUCGAUAAAUUGUUGCGAAAUUGUUGUUCCCACCGCUUAACUGUUAUAGGCUCGCGAUAGCAAGAAGCGAAAAAAAAAUGUUAUGAGCAAGAAUAGAGUGGUUGAUUUUGUACAUUGUCUAUCGGUGAAAAUGUGCUGUGGUGAUAGGCAGAAAAACUUGCCGAACAACAUGAGAGAGACUUUUUAUACGUGGCUCCCUACAAAAUGAUUUAUAUUUUGGCUGUUUACACGAAUAAAUGCCGUCUAUCGGCCGGUUUCCCA